AUGCCGGCUCCUGGCUCGGAAAUUACUCCUCCGCCUGGGGAUGGUGGCGAUAAUGUGGUGCUGUGCAUGGUCUGCGCCGCGCCCUUCCAGAACAUGCAGGAUUGCCUGGCCCACGAGCUGCUGAAGCACGCAAACAAGCCGCAAAAACAAAUGCGGCAGCGACUGAACGCCAUAACCAAGCUGUUCACCAGCGCACAAGCCCAAACCGAGCGCAAUGAGCUCCGGGAAGCGCUUGACAAGUCACCACACGGUGGCCACCUACGCACGGUGUUGGACUUCUACGCCAGUGAUCUUCGAAAAAUGGAGGCCUGCUUCGGGCACGUCCGUAACUGCAUUGAAAAGGAGAUGAGGGGCAGGGUUAGGGUGUUUCCCUUUGGUUCACUGGUCACUGGUUUGGCCCUGAAGGAAAGCGACAUAGAUUUGUACCUGCAGCCCUGCGGAGAGCAGCCACAUAUGUUUCACAAGCAGCUGUACAACAAGGUCUCAUACUUUUUACGGCGCUCCAAAUGCUUCGAGGAUAUCUGCACCAUCCGUCAUGCCCGUGUGCCCAUCAUUCGAUGCAAGCAUCAGCUUACCGGACUUAACAUAGACAUCAAUAUGUCCAAUCCGAAUAGCACAUACAAUUCGCGAUUUGUCGGCGAACUCAUGUUCCGAGACGAGCGGCUCCGAGAGCUCGGUCUGUUCCUGAAGAUCUGGGCUAAGAAGCUAAAGUUAAUUGGUCACGGCAGCAUGACCAGCUAUUGCCUGAUCACCAUGAUCAUCGUCAACUUGCAAGUGCAUCAAAUGCUGCCUUCCGUCAAGCAGCUGCAGUCGCUCUGCCCACCGGUUAAUAUGUGUGGCGUUAACUACGCCUAUAGCUUGGCUACGCCACCAAUUCCAUCUCGGAUGUCCCCGCUGGAGCUGAUGAAAAAUUUCUUUGUAUACUACAGUACCGUUAACUUUGAGAAGAGUGUUUUAAGUCCAUUUUUAGGCAGCUGCCUGGACAAGGAGACUACGCUGGGCAUGCCUGGAGGAUUUCCAGAGUACGACGAGCAGAUGCAGCUCAUGCAAGAUGCGACGGGUGAAACCCCAGAAGCAUUUCAGCUAGAGCGGCCUAUGUGCGUACAGGAUCCCUUCGAGUUGCAGCACAACGUGGCCAAGUCAGUGUCCCAAUCGAAUCUCUGUUACAUCAGACAAUGCGUAAUUCUGGCAGCUCAAGCAUGCAGCGAUCAGGAACUUACUUCACAGCCAGAGAAGCUAUAUGACUACCUAUUAUUUGGCUUGGCAGACAAGCUAGUGGCUGACAGGUUAGUGGCGGACAAAAAGGGGGAGAGGGCCACUCCACGAAAGCAACAGAAAAUGGAAGUUAUCCAGACGCAGGAGCCUGUCUGUGAGUCAAAAGAAACCAAUAUUGAGACGGGCGGGAUAUAUAAUGUCCCGCCCAUUGUGCGAUCGCAUGUGAUCACGCCAACCACAAACGAUCUCAAAUGCUUGCGCAACGCUGUGCUGAGCCGUAAUAAAUUAGAUGAGAGCCGACCGAUAUACUACUACUGGUUGGCAUGCUAUGUGAACACCAUUAAGGACGUGCUUACCCAGCUUUAUGCUUUAAAUAUCGAGCUGAAGGAUUCGGAGGAACCCGGAUACUACAAGUGGCUGAUCAGUAUAUCCUACGACACUUGGACAGGCCGUUCUUUCCAGCGUGGAGCGGGUCAAUCCUUCUUUGCCCACCAGCUGCAGCAAACAAUCGAGUUUUCAAAGACCCGAAUGUGCAAUCCACAAUAUGCGGUCAAUCUGCGUGGCUACUUCUCGUUGCUGGCCAGUGAGGAUUACAAGGAGCUGCGCCUGGAUGUCCAGCCACUGCCGGGAGAUCUCCUCGGACUGCAGCGUAAUAGUCCGCUUACUAAGCUAUUCAAGGCGUUCAAGAAUUUGCUUGGCAACUACAGCUUCAAGGAGAAGGCCAGUACCUGGGAGUUCUGCGCCAAAUCUGACCAAAACUGACUACAUUACGUUGUAAUGUCUUUUAUGUACAUACAAUACUAUUAGAUAUCAAUGCCAAAUUGAUUAGACGCUUCAAUUACUCGACCCUUUAUUUCAAACAGAAUUAUUAUUUCAAGUUAUAAUAUCACUAUGAGUUAAACACAUAUAUAUCUCAAAUCAUAAGUGUAAUGUUUAGUAGUUAAGCGAUUAACUAUAUAUAAAGAGAUGACUAAACUAAUUA